ACUCAAUGACACCUGCGCACAGUGCCGCAAAAGACCAGGGAAGACAAGUAAAAAGGGAGACAGAGAGGAAAACAACACGCGAAAGAAAGGAAUGUGUAUCAACCAACAAAACGAAUUCUAGUCUCUGAACACUUACACACCGAACCAACAACCUUUACGCAGCCUCCUGGCUCGUGAAUUUGUAGAACAAUUUGCCAAACGCGGUUUGUGGAGCUAGCUAACGUCGUUAACAAGUAUUCUUUCUUCCUACGCGUUAGCAACGCAGCUAACUAGCUACCAAGAGGAUACGCGUGUGACCCAGACAAGAGCCAAGAAAACACGUAUUUUGGACACACCAUGAAUCCUGAAUAUGACUACCUGUUCAAGCUGCUUCUGAUUGGCGAUUCAGGGGUGGGCAAGUCUUGCCUCCUGCUUCGAUUUGCGGAUGACACCUACACGGAAAGUUACAUAAGCACCAUCGGCGUGGACUUCAAAAUCCGAACUAUUGAAUUGGACGGCAAGACUAUCAAACUACAGAUUUGGGACACUGCUGGUCAGGAGCGGUUUCGCACCAUCACCUCCAGCUAUUACAGAGGAGCCCAUGGUAUCAUCGUUGUCUAUGAUGUAACAGAUCAGGAGUCUUACAACAAUAUAAAGCAGUGGCUGCAGGAAAUCGACCGCUAUGCCAGCGAAAAUGUCAACAAGCUGCUGGUGGGUAACAAGUGUGACCUCACCACCAAGAAAGUAGUAGACUAUACAACAGCCAAGGAAUUUGCUGACUCCCUAUCCAUCCCCUUCCUCGAGACCAGUGCUAAGAACGCAACCAACGUGGAGCAAUCCUUCAUGACCAUGGCGGCCGAGAUUAAGAAGCGCAUGGGGCCCGGGGCCACGACAGGAGGAGACAAGCCCAACCUGAAGAUUGAUAGCACCCCAGUAAGGCAGUCUGGAGGAGGAUGCUGUUAGGACUGCCCUGCCCCCUCCUCUCACCUCCAGAGGCCCAGGGGUAGAGUGACAGUACUGGGGUGGAGCUGACAGAACAGAAAAAUAUGGUGAUGGAGGUGGUGGGAUCUUCAAGAACUGACUGACUUUUUUUUAUUUUUUUUCCCAUCUUGACCUAUGCCCAUAAUUAAGUGAGAAGGGUUUGUGCCCAAGGAGCAGCCCCCCCCCCCCCCCAACACUCUUUUAUUCACCAAUAUGCACAGAAUUGGAAACAUCUUUGAAAAAUGUGGUUGGCGUUGUAAGGCAUGAAAAAUGUUUUUAGCUAAUCCAGCACUAAUCCAGUAUCUAUCUGUAACACUGGCUGUUUAAACACACACUCGCACACAAGUGGUCGAAAGAAAUCAUGGAUGUUCUUUCAACUAUGGCUGACUACAUAACUAUCCUUUAUGGCCUUUGUGGUUCCUAGUCAGACUGCUGAUCGUUGAUGGUGAGAAGGUGAAAUAAGAGGAUCAGUGUGACAGUUAAACCAGAGGCUUUAUGGACACACUCCAGAGGAAAAAUAGUGAAGACAAGCGCCGUUUGUAUCAUCUGUCCUUUCGGGAAUUGACAUUCCCAAAAGUUGUCAUUGGGCCCAUGUGCAUAAUAUAGAGGUUGUAAUAGGGUUGCUGUGGAGGAGAAAGAGAAGAUAGGGUGAAGUAAAUAACAGGCUUUCUAUCAAAACAAAGUUCACAAAGUGGGGACAACAUGGCAAAUGUAAAUCUGCAAUCACGGCGUCGACAUCUUUGUCUGUUUGAAUUUUCGUUAUAUAACACUAUUAUUACAUGGUGGUUGUACUACUGUGAUUUUGUUUUGUUUUGAUUCUCUUUUUUAAUCUAGAAAGUGUGUAAGCAAUACGUAUGUUAUUGCUGUUUGAUGAAUGAGAGCAUAACCGAAGGUCAACAGCAUUUGGUUCUUUCUGUCUGGAGUGGUAGCUAGCUGGCUGUAAACAUCAGGCGUUUUCAGGCAUGUCCAAUCCUUUAGCGUUGAGUUUGAUCUCAAGUCACAAUGCUCCUGUACCAUCAGAACUUUUACAUGCUCACUAUAAUACCGUAUGGACACCCUCUGGUUGAUGAUAAGGUAACAUGUAUUAUUACAGUACUGGCUCAUGCCAUUAGUCACCAUGGUCCAGCAUUGCAACAAGGUUUGGAUAUUUGUUAGACAAUAUUUUGGGGAGAGUAUGGCACAUUACGUAGCCUACCACAGUUAGCUUUUGAGUGUAUUGUUUUCACGUUUAACUGCUUGCUCAAACUUUCAUUUCGGAUAUGUCUAGUCUAAUGACAUGUUUCGGGGGAAAGAGAGAGAAUGGACCUCAGAGAAAAAUCACCAGUGUCUGAAAUUCGUAUGGGAUUUCAAACAAGAGGAACACUUUUGCUUUCCUGAGUAAAUACUGUAGAGCUGAUGACUGUCUGGGAAUUCCACUUCCUUAAGCAUCACCAUUGAUAUCCUUGCCUUUUUGAUAAAGAAGUGUCUUGCGGUUGGUUUGUAAACACACCAGGAAAAGGUUGCUGGGUUUUUCCAUUUAGUGAAAUUUGACCCAUUUAAAUAGUUGUCAGGCAGAUGAGGCUUCCUUAAUAUAUUCUCUCUGGUUUACAUUUCUCCUUUAAAUGACAAAUAGAUGAUUUCUAAUCCACUAAUUCAAUCAUUUGGCUUUUGGUCAGGGAAGCGAUAUAAUGGAAAGAUUGCGGCAUGAUGGUUAUUUCUUCUUUGCUGUGGACAAUGUAACAUGCUCUUAAUGCCCAGAAGAUAUUGGGAGUCCAUAGUAAUAAAGUAUAUUGUUAUUAUUGCCA